AGUACUGACUACUGACCUGAUGAUACCCCUGAGGAAUGGUAGUCCACCAGCAGCGGUAUCGACCCAGUGCUGUAAAAAUUGAAAACUUCAUUUUACUAAUUUCAUGCGUCCGAAGCGCUUUUCUGGAUUUACCUUCAUCAGGAACGCUCAAAGUCGAAUAUUUGAAAACCAAGGAUGUAUAAGGAUGUAUAAGACCUGAAAUAUUUGAAGAGCCAUAUGACCAAAAUGACCUAAAAUAAUAAUUCAUCUAAGGUCAACUUUGUCUGGGGGAGUUAAAAGCUUUAAAAGUUUCAGAACCUAACUAUUAUAUCUAUGUUUUAUUUAAUGUAGUCAUGUAUAUGCAAGAACUAUUUUCCAUUGGACAUUGAGCCAACACCUUUGAAUCAUAAACAACAGAAGGCAUAAUUUACAUUUUUAAACUCGGUUUUGACAAAUGUACAAAGUUACCUCUUUAAUUCUAUGAGGUUUUAAUACAACAUCCUUUUUCAGUCCCCGUAGUGAAAGAACUAGCUCUUACAAAAAGACUAGCAGAAAUAUACUUUUUAACUACAAACUUUCUAUUGCCGACGUUGAUGUUGAAAAUAAAAAUCUAAAGUUCUUGAAAUCUUAAAAUUCGAUGUUCAGACGAAUCAUAUCAUAUAGCCUUUUAAUGUGCAUUCAAUAUUACCUAUGUGACUAGACUAGAAGAUAUGGGUUGAUACAUUUAUUCAUCAAUGUUACAAAAACAUUACAUGUACCUUAACAUAAAAAUAUGAAUUUUCAUUAAUCACAACAUUUUAAUUUGAAUAUCAAUUAAAACCCCAUAUAACAUUAUUUGAAUCUAGUGGACGGAAAUAAUCUGGAGACCGCACUUACAGAAUGUGUUUGUUUUAGGACCGAGACGAAUUGAUCGUUGAGUGUUGUCAAGAUGAAGCUUGUUAUUCUUUUCCUAGUCAUAGUACUGGUCAAAACACAAGAUUCGAAAGAUUUGUCAGACUUAAGAUCUUCAAACGAUGAUUCCGGAUCUUCCGAUGCAGGAACAGACCCGAGCAGACCCUCAACAACCCGUAAAAUUAAUGCCCGUGAACAGUCGACAAACCGUAGAAUUAAUGCCCCUGAACAGUCAUCAACCCGUAGAAUUAAUGCCCGUGAACAGUCGACAAACCGUAGAAUUAAUGCCCGUGAACAGUCAACAACCCGUAGAAUUAAUUCCCGCGAACAGUCGACAAACCGUAGAACUAAUUCUCGUGAACAGCCAACAACCCGUAGAAUUAAUGCUCGUGAACAGUCGACAAACCGUAGAAAUAACGUCGUUGGGACCUGGAAUAACCGUCAAACUCGAAAUUUGGGACAAGCUGCUUCUCGGAGUCAAACUGGUGCUCGAGCAAUUAUCAGGCCAGGAUCGAGUGUAGGGAAUAAUGCUAUGAGAAGAUCAGGGUUUCGAAUACGUGGACAGGACAAUAACAGAAAUACAAACAGACUAACCCAAACAAAUACAAACAGAUUAACUCAUUCAAACACCUUCCGUUCUGGUAGAACCAAUAGGAGGCAAGCUGGUAGAAAUAUUGCAACAAGGUUACCCAGACCAGACUUUAGGGGAAGAACACGGCCAUCGUGGAACCGCCCUGGUAUAGGUCGGACAACUCUUAACAGGAGACCCAACUGGCAGUCAAACAGAAGAUUUUCAACCAUGAGACGUCAACCUUUUCGCCAAAACUCCCGACAAAGAGCGAGAAAUACUUCAAGAAAUUCUUCAUUAAGAAGAAGACAAUCGUCAAGAACAUCCCCUUUCAACGCGAGAUCGAGAUUUGGUACCAGGCGAAGUAUGACGACAGAUGGGUCUUUGUUUACACGUAUCGUUGUAAGACAAACAAGUCCGCCAUACAGAUUAGUUUACAGAUAUGUACCAGUCUAAUCUAAUGCUAACAGAGCUGUUCGCUGAAGUGACGUAACAUCCUAAAAGUUACUAUAAAUGUGUAAAUUGUGA